UUUUGGAAUGCAUUCUGCGGUCACGUUGAUGUGAAGCUCCCGAAUGCGACGUGCGAAAGUCAGCGAUUCUACAUUAGUUUAAUUGAAAUUACCUAUUGCAACCCAAUUUACUUAAUUUUGACUACAAUGAGCGAAGAAUUCAAGCUGCCUAAGCGCUCACGCAAGCGUACCCGCGAUGUGAAGCGCAAGGCGCGCCCCGAACUCGAUGGCGAUAACGCAUGGAUCGCAAUGCGGUAUUAUGAGAAGUUUGAGCCAUUUUGGGACUUUGUGGAUAACCUGGAACGCAUCGAGAACGCAACCGUAACAUGUGAUGAAUUCAUUGAGCGCUUCGAGCGACCCUAUCUGCCCGUCAUUAUCACUGGAUGUGCCGACGGUUGGCUGGCGCAAGAGAAAUGGACGCUCUCGCGCCUAGCCAAAAAGUAUCGCAACCAGAAAUUCAAGUGCGGUGAAGACAACGAAGGUUAUAGCGUCAAGAUGAAGAUGAAAUAUUAUGUGGAGUAUAUGCAGGGCACACGGGACGACAGUCCGCUCUACAUAUUCGACAGCAGUUUUGGCGAGCAUCAUCGCCGCCGCAAACUGCUGGAGGAUUAUGCCGUGCCCAAGUAUUUUCGCGAUGAUCUCUUCAAGUACUGUGGCGAGGAUCGUCGUCCCCCAUAUCGAUGGUUUGUGAUGGGUCCUGCUCGCUCCGGCACGGGGAUACAUAUCGAUCCGCUGGGCACGAGUGCGUGGAACACUUUGAUACGUGGCCACAAGCGUUGGUGUCUGUUUCCUACGCAUACGCCCAAGGAUCUGCUAAAGGUGACGAGUGCUAUGGGUGGCAAGCAACGUGACGAGGCCAUAACCUGGUUCAGUACCGUCUAUCCGCGCACUCAACUCCCCUCGUGGCCGCAGGAAUACAAACCCAUCGAGGUGCUACAACGUGCAGGUGAAACUGUUUUCGUGCCCGGCGGCUGGUGGCAUGUGGUGCUCAAUUUGGACGACACGAUCGCCAUCACUCAGAACUUCUGUAGUUUCACCAAUUUCCCUUGUGUGUGGCACAAGACGGUGCGCGGUCGGCCCAAAUUGUCGCGCAAGUGGCUGCGUGUGUUGCGGGAUCAGCGACCGGAGUUAGGUCAAAUUGCCGACAGUAUUAAUAUUAAUGAAAGCACUGGCUUUGCCUCAGAUAGCUCCAGCAAUUCCAGCUCCUCAUCGUCCUCGAGCAGUUCAUCGUCGUCGGAGAGCGAAGCGGAUGCCGAUUCCAAUACGGAUAGCGGCCAAGAAAGUUUGACUGCCAAAAAGAAGAAAAAACGACGCAUGGCUGGCAAUGCGACUGAUGAUGAUGGUGGAAACGGUGGCGAUGAUAAGAAUGCGACAUCAUCUUCAUCUGCGACAAGACCUUGAUGUCGGCACAAAAAGACGAAAAGAAAUGGUCUGCUGCUGCGACUGUUUCAUCGCCAGCUGUUGUUCUGUCGCCGUGUGCCGCGCUUUCAACGUCCAUGUCGCAGUCGCAGAGCCUCCUGCCACAGUUAACAAAAUGCAGAUACAGAUGCAGAUCCUGAUCCUAAUCCAUGUUGCAUGUUUAGUAAUAUUUUUAUACAAUUAGUAAAGUAACUAAAAAACAAAACGAAAAUAAUAAUGCUGCUGUAAAAAAUAAUGAUAUUUGAAUUGAAUUAUCGUCGGCUGAGCCAAAAACACAGUCCGCUUAAACAUUAGCCUAAAGAACGGAAACAGUUGAUGAUUAUUUCUAUUUAACUUGAACUAUAAUUAGCCAACGACUUAAAUGCAACAUAAAUAAACUGAGUAUAUUUGUAAAAAACAA